AUGGGCAAAGCUUAUGAAUCGUACGUUUGGCCUCAGGAUGUGGAGUAUCGUUACUCUUUAUGGUCUCUUGCGAGUUUCUGUGGUACAAUUUUAAUAAACCGCGUAAUUGGACCCCUCUGUUUCGAAAGCCUUUUUCCUUCUUACCGGCGCCUUAACCCACACCAGAAGCUUGAAUGGAAUUGUCGUGUUGCUUCUUCAGUUCACGCAACUCUUGUAACACUGCUCAGUCUGGAAUCACUUCUAUUUGACCAGUUUCAAUGGGCCGACCCCAUCACGUCCAUUUCACGGACUGGUUGUAUAGCUCUGGCUAUAACAAUAGGGUAUAUGUUUGCAGAUACUAUCACGAUGUUUACAUUCCAGAAGGGCUUGGAGCUAAUUCUAUUCUCUAUUCAUCAUCUUCUGGUUGCCGUAUGCUUCACCUUCCUACUGGUCUACAGGCUCGUCCCAGUCUAUGGCAUCAUGCGACUAGUUAGUGAAGUGUCGACGCCGUUUUUAAACCAAAGGUGGUUCUUCAGGACGAUCGGCGGCGACGGUUCCAAAGAAAGGUCGGCUAGGGUGACCCUAGUGUUUGCGGGCCUGUUUAUUAUAGGCCGAUACAUUCUUCCUAUACCCUAUUGGAUUGUUUUCUGGAGUAACUUUAAUUCCAGGCCGCAUCUCCUCAUCAAGGCCGAUUUGCCACCCUUCACCAACUACUUUAUCUCUUGUCCGGUCCUUUUGGAUAUACUCAAUAUUGCAUGGGGCUACCCGGUCUUUAUGGUCACAAGAAAAGCUCUCAUCACUCUUGGUUACAUCCACCCAAAAGCAGAAGCCAAGCAAAACGGAUUUGCACGCCCGCGAGAGGAGUAG